CAAUAACCAAUCAAAGAGAAGCUUUACAUUCAACAUAUCCACAUAAGAUAGAAUGGUGGACCGGCUUUGGAUUAUAUAAAAAGGCUUCAGAAGAGUAACAAAUUCAUCGUCAAACCAAAAUACCAUCCAAGUAACCCUAAAUAUCCUUCAACAAUCCAAAAUAAUGGCAACUAUGGCUUUAUCAUCCCCAUUUACAGGGCAGGCUGUCCCCUUGAACUCACAAGUAGAGCAAUCAGCCGUUGUCCGAAGCAAUGGCAAAAUCACAAUGAGGAAAACAGCUGCAAAGCCCAAAGUUACCUCUGGAAGCCCAUGGUAUGGCCCAGACCGUGUCAAGUACCUUGGUCCAUUCUCUGGUGAGGCCCCAUCGUACCUGACCGGCGAGUUCCCUGGUGACUAUGGAUGGGACACAGCAGGAUUGUCAGCUGACCCUGAAACCUUUGCGAAAAACAGGGAACUUGAGGUUAUUCACUGCAGAUGGGCUAUGCUCGGAGCUUUGGGAUGUGUCUUCCCAGAGCUUCUCGCUAGGAACGGAGUCAAGUUCGGAGAGGCAGUUUGGUUUAAGGCCGGUUCCCAAAUCUUCAGUGAGGGUGGUCUUGAUUAUCUGGGCAACCCAAGCUUGAUCCAUGCACAAAGCAUCUUGGCCAUCUGGGCUUGCCAGGUUAUCCUCAUGGGUGCUGUUGAGGGUUACAGGGUUGCAGGUGGGCCCCUGGGUGAGGUUGUUGAUCCUUUGUACCCAGGAGGCAGUUUCGACCCACUUGGCCUAGCCGAUGAUCCAGAUGCAUUUGCUGAGUUGAAGGUGAAAGAAAUCAAGAAUGGUCGCCUCGCUAUGUUCUCCAUGUUUGGUUUCUUUGUUCAAGCAAUUGUAACUGGAAAGGGUCCUUUGGAGAACCUUGCUGACCAUCUUGCAGACCCCGUGAACAACAAUGCAUGGGCUUAUGCCACAAACUUUGUCCCCGGAAAAUAAGAUUAAUCCAAGAGUAAGAAAGGGAAUACCAGUAUCACAUGAUUCGCUAAUCUUCACGAGAAUCCUGAAUCGCAAAAAGCGAAUUAUGGUCGAUUUUGGGCUAUUUUUUGGGUCAUUUUGAGCGAAUCACGAAUUCAAAAAGCGAAUUAACUAGUGAAUUAUGUAACACUGGGGAAUACUCCAUAUUUUAAAAAUGGAAUUUGUUUCCUUGUAAAUUAUAUAGUCGAAAUUUCUACUUUGAUCUGCAAUUAAAGAAA